CAGAGCCAGUUUGAGUAUAAAACUGUUAGGUGCCUCCUCCCAGUGCUAUCUCCUCCUGAGCACCUCCCUCUCAGUCGAGCCCAGCAGGGCUCUAUCAGCCUGUGCCUUCUGCCACCAGGAAGCCCGUGGAGUAAAUACAUCUCAGAUGGUUGCAACUGAGUAGAAGCAGCCAAGUCCGAGUCCUGGCAGUCUAGAAAGCAAUUCACCAAGGCCGCGGGCUUCUUCCUGGAAGCCUGGAAGCAAUGUCUUUGCUCAUGGUUUCCAAAGCAGGGUAGAAGGAGCACCUGAGUUCCAUGUGCAAGCGGGGUUUGGGCAAGCAGUCCACCGCACCUGCCGAAUGACUCUGGGUUCACCAAUGCUGUAUAGGAGUUUCGAGCGUGUUCUUGAAAUAACUGAGUAAAGUUGGAAACCUAUCAUUUUGACUCAAAAAAAGUGGGGUGCUAGGAACGGCCCUUCCCAACUCUGGCUCUGUGCACCUCUCUGCCUGUGCCGUCAUGCUGACGGGAGUGUGCUGGCCCAUCGGAGAGCCCAGCGGCCACACUGCAACCAUAGAUCUCACAGCUUCUUUGCUGCUGCAUUUUCUGGUGUGGAAUUCAGACCUCAAGGCUUCUAGGAGUGGUGCCUUCUGAGGACAGAAGUGUUUUCCUCAGGAGACAAGAACACCUGACAGCAUUUUCUUUGUUUCUGAUAACAGCUUUAAAGAACACCGAGCACCUCCUACCACCUCAGACCAAAAGCUACCUAAAAUCAGGAUUAUUUAUGGAGAGAAAGGAAGGAUGAAUGGACAGUCUUUGUUUGGCGGCUCUGGUGAUGCCCCUUGUGGUCCUCUUUGGAAAGACUCUUUUGGAGUUAAGGUUGGUGAGGCUGCGCGCGGAGGCUCCUCCUGGCACAGCUUGGCCCAGGCGCGUGGGCCACCGGAACAGGAGCCAGAGGAAGAGCUAUCCAUGGAGAAUAGCCCCACUAUGGCUAAAAUGGACCAGGGUGAAAAUCAGGUUUUACCAAGUCCAAGAAGAAGACGCCUCCCCAAGGCACUUGGCUACGUCACCGGUGAUAUGAAAGAAUUUGCCAGCUGGCUUAAAGACAAACCACAGGUGCUCCAGUUCGUAGAUUGGGUUCUUCGGGGCAUAUCCCAAGUGGUGUUCGUCAGCAACCCCAUCAGCGGAAUCCUGAUUCUGGUGGGGCUCCUCGUCCAGAAUCCCUGGUGGGCUCUCAAUGGCUGUGUGGGAACAGUGGUCUCUACCCUGACGGCCCUGUUACUUGCUCAGGACAGGUCAGCAAUUGCAGCCGGGCUGCAGGGCUACAACGGCACCCUGGUGGGAAUACUCAUGGCUGUCUUUUCAGACAAGGGCAACUAUUUCUGGUGGCUGUUAUUCCCUGUGUCUGCUAUGUCCAUGACUUGUCCAGUGUUCUCAAGCGCACUGAACUCCUUGUUCUGCAAAUGGGACCUCCCCGUCUUCACCCUGCCUUUCAACAUGGCGUUGUCAAUGUACCUUUCGGCCACGGGACAUUACAAUCCGUUCUUCCCAGGCAAACUGUUCAAACCUAUAACCGAGGUUCCCAAUGUCACCUGGACUGACCUCAGUGCCCUGCAGCUGUUGAAAUCCCUGCCCGUGGGUGUCGGUCAGAUCUAUGGCUGCGAUAACCCGUGGUCGGGGGGCAUUUUCCUGGGCGCCAUUCUGCUCUCCUCCCCGCUCAUGUGCCUGCACGCUGCCAUCGGGUCGCUGCUGGGGAUAGCGGCAGGACUCAGUCUUUCAGCGCCAUUUGAGAACAUCUACUUUGGACUCUGGGGUUUCAACAGCUCUCUGGCCUGCAUUGCAAUGGGAGGGAUGUUCAUGGCACUGACCUGGCAAACCCACCUGCUGGCUCUUGCCUGCGCCCUGUUCACUGCCUACCUUGGAGUCAGCCUGUCACACAUGAUGGCUGUGGCGGGAUUGCCAGCUUGUACCUGGCCCUUCUGUUUGGCCACACUACUGUUCCUCUUGCUGACCACGAAAAAUGCCAACAUGUACAGGAUGCCCCUCGGUAAAGUCACUUAUCCUGAAGAAAACCGCGUCUUCUACAUACAAGCCAAGAAAAAAAGGAUGGUUGAAAGCCCUUUGUGAGAGCAACCCCACCCACAGCCAUGGUCACAAGGGGUGGCUGACCGACUGCCCCAGGUGACCCCCAGGGUCUUGGCAAACUGCUGUUUUUUGCCCUUAACGACUUUCGUACUACUAACCCAUUGGCGAUCUGCUCUUAGGCUCAUUUUGUAGCUUUCUCUUAGACUCCAGGAGCAUCCCCAAACAUGUGAGAGACCAGAUGGUGUGCCCUGGUGGGGCGUUGGUGCUAAGACUAAUAUAUUCAUAAGGUCAAGUGCUCCAACAGAACGAAGACGUGAGACCAGAGCUAAUGAUUGACAUUUAUUGAAAUUCUUGGUGUUUGGUUAGGCUGCGUGAUGUUAACAGUAUUAAAAAUUAAGCUCUACAACUAAGCCUCAAGUGAAUGGAAUUCAUGGUCACAAAGUCAAAGUCAACCCAGAAUUCUCAGAUAAGCAGUGUGACUUAUUUGAAAUCGAUACAAGUUACACAUGACAGUGGUAGUGCCCACAGCUCAUGCCCCAGCCCCUCAGGAGAAUGGCCUGGAUCCUGCCCUGUGUGGGUGGCAUUCUCUUACGGGAGAUGGGCUGAUUCUUUCCAGGUGGACACAGCUGUAGGAGAGAGAAAGGGAUUUUAUCAGUCAAAAUUAUUCUGGAAUGUUAUUUUUCUUAGACGUGGCAAAGGAUUUUUUUAGAUAAGGUUUAUUAUCUUUUUCUUAUGAGAAUGCAUUUGUGUUUUCAAUGAGGUAAAAUAAGAGAAGUUCCUGGCUUAACCAGUUCCUAGAUAUUAAAGAAAAGUUACAUUUUUAUGAAACAUUCGGCAUAGCUGUCUUCACUUUAAUCCACAUGUUGAUUUUGUAAAUGCCAGGAACGUGUAGAACCAAGUUAUCAGCAUCCAAGGGUCCUUUAACGCCACAAUUUGCAAUCCAUUUGGGAUGUUUUACAUGUCAUAAAGCCUGAAAGUUAAGUUCAGAUUGUUUCUGGAUGCUUGGAAGUUGUUGAAUUUCUUAAAAAAAAAAAAAUUCAUGAAAAAAAAAAGUCAUUAUUAUCUGCACACUCACAAUAUUCUCACUCAGAACCCAAAGGUAAAGGGUUCUCCUGUUUUUCUUUGUUUUAAACAAAGAGAGAGACAGAGCAUGAACGGGAAGGGGCAGAGAGAGGGAGACACAGAAUCGGAAACAGGCUCCAGGCUCUGAGCCAUCAGCCCAGAGCCCGACGCGGGGCUCGAACUCACGGACCGCGAGAUCGUGACCUGGCUGAAGUCGGACGCUUAACCGACUGCGCCCCCCAGGCACCCCUGUUUUUCUUUGUUUUAAUUUUAAAGUCAUCAGUCCUAUAAACAUCCUAUAACCAAACACACUGAGGAUGCUAUAGAAAGUGCCACUUGCUACCUUCCGCUGAAUCUGUAUGGAUUCAGUGUUUUGAAGGAUUCGGAAAGAGAAACCGUGGAAUCCUAAAGGGUUUUUCCCCCCUUUGGGUUUGCAGUGCUCAGUGCAAAAUAUUUAGGUUGCUGCAGGAAUAAACAGAAGAAGGGAAGCCAACCUAAAAUAUUUCAGGGAGAAGUCCACUUCUUCCUUUUCUCAGGAAAACAAACAUUGUUCUGAUUUAACAACCCUGUGACCAAAGCCUUUUGAAACCCUGAAUUUGCAACUGUCAUAGAGUCAUGUGGAAAAACUAAAUCUUCACCGUGCGAACGGAAAUCUCCCUUGUUAGGGAAUUUGUGAAGUAAGACUUGGUGGGAGGGCAGGGGAGGAGGACUCAAAAACGAAAGCAGAACCAAAGAUAAACCAGGAGAGAAGAGUCCAGGCUGUGGCUGAGUGAACCAGAGCCUCUGACAUGCCUCCAGGCCCAUCUUCACAGGAGCUGGAGUGUUCUCCGUAUACCUUCUGCUGGUGGGCUCACACAGGCGUGUAAAUAGGAACAUUCUAAAGCCUUGUACAUGGCCGAAUUUAAAUGGUAUUAAUUUUUUCAAGCUGUUUUUGUUACUAAGUGUUACCCUGAAAUGAAGUGAGUAUUUUGUUAGUUUCCUCAGGGAUCACUUGGAUUCUUUUCCUAUUGUUUGUAUAACAAAUUUCUAGGUAACAAUAUGAAUAAAAUUAUACUCACAGCUCA